CUACAUUUGUUUACACUCCAAACUUCAAAGCCAAUCUGCGAAUCCGCGUCCUGCAGUGGGAAAACCAAAAUACAGCACCGGCAGCUGCAUUUGCCUGUAGAAUCUUCCAAUUUCAUUCAAAUAGUUCAAUUCAACGCUCAAAAUGGCUGAAGAAGAACAGAUGCCGAUCAUCCCCGUGAAGGAGCCAUUGGACCUCAUCCGGCUGAGUUUGGAUGAAAAGAUUUACGUGAAGAUGCGCUACGAACGUGAAUUGCGUGGUCGAUUGCAUGCGUUCGAUCAACAUCUCAACAUGGUACUGGGCGAUGCCGAAGAAACAGUGACCACGGUAGAAAUCGAUGAAGAAACGUACGAGGAGGUGUACAAAACGACCAAACGCACCAUUCCGAUGUUGUUUGUGCGCGGCGACGGCGUUAUACUGGUUUCACCUCCGAUGCGUGUUGGUAGCUAAACAUUUCCACGUAAGACCACCUGGAUCCUUUCUGGUAAAGAUUGAAAUGAAAACAUUCUCAUACAACAUUAAGUGAAAA